UUUUAUUCAAAUGUUUAAGUUCAUUUAAUAGCAUUGGAAAGGAUUUGUGCUUGGACUCCGUAGCUUGAUCUAUCUCUGUUAUGUCAGUGUCGUUUAUUCUGUGUACAAGGCACACAUAUUCAUUCCUUAAGUCGUCACUCCCGGCUCUGUUGAGUGACAGCCUACCUAGGUCAUAAUGUCUGACUCAGAAAGUAAUUAUUCCGGUAGCAAUAAAGGGAGUGAUGACGAAAGAGGUUCAGUCAGGUCCAGGUCUAGAUCGAGGUCUGGAAGCCGUUCACCUUCUAGGUCCAGGUCUAGAUCAAGAUCUAGAAGUCGGUCAGGAUCUCGUGCUUCGUCUAGAUCUAGAAGUGGGUCUCCGGCUGGGUCGGAUGGAUCGGAUGUACGUCCAGUAAAACGUAAAAGGAGAUCUCGCUCUAGAUCUGGGUCAGAAGCAGAAGAGGGCAGAGAAGAAGAAGUUGAAGAUGAGCAGGAACCUGAAGGAGAAGACCUUGGAUCUGAUGAAUAUGAUGAAGAGGAAGAUGAAGAAGAAGAUGACCGUCCACGCAAGAAAAAGAAAAAUGACCGCUUUGGUGGUUUUAUUAUUGAUGAGGCUGAGGUUGAUGAUGAAGUGGAAGAUGAAGAUGAAUGGGAAGAUGGUGCCCAGGAAAUUGGUAUUGUUGGUAAUGAAGUGGAUGAAUUGGGACCCACUGCUCAAGACAUUGAAGGGAGGAGACGAAGAACUAAUCUUUGGGAUUCUCAGAGAGAAGAUGAAAUUGAAGAAUACUUGAGGAAGAAGUAUGCAGAUGAAUCAGUUGCUGCUGUACAUUUUGGUGAUGGUGGAGCAGAAAUGUCUGAUGAAAUCACACAGCAAACCCUUCUUCCUGGUGUCAAGGAUCCCAACUUGUGGAUGGUAAAGUGCAGAAUGGGGGAAGAGAAAAAUACUGCUUUGCUUUUGAUGCGGAAGUGGAUCACUUACCAAUUCACCAAUGAGCCAUUGCAAAUUAAGUCUGUUGUUGCCCCUGAAGGAGUAAAAGGGUAUGUGUAUAUAGAAGCAUACAAACAACCUCAUGUGAAAGCUGCUAUCACAAAUGUUAGCAAUUUGCGAAUGGGUAUAUGGAAGCAACAAAUGGUUCCAAUCAAAGAAAUGACAGAUGUUUUACGAGUUGCUAAAGAGCAGACAGGUUUGCGCCCUAAGCAGUGGGUACGCCUCAAAAGAGGUCUAUACAGAGAUGACAUUGCUCAAGUAGAUUAUGUUGACAUAGCGCAGAACCAGGUUCAUUUGAAACUACUCCCUCGUAUUGACUACACCCGUCUCCGUGGUGCCUUACGGACUACACAAGUUGAUAAUGACAAGAAGAAGAAAAAAAAGCGGCCUGCUGCCAAACCAUUUGACCCCGAAGCUAUUCGUGCAAUUGGAGGAGAAGUGACAAGUGAUGGUGACUUCCUCAUAUUUGAGGGAAAUAGAUAUUCCAGAAAGGGUUUCUUGUACAAAAAUUUCAUUAUGAGUGCCAUUAUUUCGGAAGGAGUAAAACCCACUCUAUCGGAACUAGAGCGAUUUGAAGAAGCUCCUGAAGGUGUUGACAUUGAAGUGCCAUCUGGCGCUGCUGGGAAAGAUGAAGCUGUUACUCAUCAAUUCUCAGCUGGGGAUAAUGUAGAAGUGUGUGAAGGAGAAUUGAUGCAUUUGCAAGGUAAAAUUGUGUCUAUUGAUGGCAAUAUGAUAAUUGUCAUGCCCAAGCAUGAAGACCUCACCGACCCACUCGAGUUUCAAGCAUCAGAAUUGCGUAAAUACUUCCGACAAGGAGACCAUGUAAAAGUGCUCGGUGGAAGAUACGAGGGUGAUACAGGCUUGAUUGUUCGUGUUGAAGAAAAUCGAGUUGUUCUCUUCUCUGAUCUCACUAUGCACGAAUUAGAAGUUUUACCUCGUGACUUGCAACUUUGCUCAGAUAGGGCGACAGGUGUUGAUAGUAUGGGUCAGUUCCAAUGGGGUGACAUGGUUAUGCUUGAUGCUCAAACAGUUGGUGUAAUUGUUCGUCUGGAACGAGAGAACUUCCAUGUACUUAGUAUGCAAGGGAAAGUGGUGGAGGCUAAGCCUCAGGCUCUUCAUAAGCGGAAAGAAGCCAGGUUUGCAGCAGCCCUGGACUCGGAGCAUAAUCCUAUUCAUCGAAAAGACAUAGUUAAAGUUAUUGAUGGGCCUCAUUUGGGACAUGAUGGCGAAAUCAAACACAUCUACCGAAAUUUUGCUUUUCUACACUCCCGAACAUACCUUGACAAUGGAGGUAUCUUUGUGUGCAAAGCAAGGCACUUGUUGUUAGCUGGUGGUAGUAAGAACAUUUCUGGAAUGGGAACAGCCAUGGGAGCCACAAACUAUGGUGUUAUAUCGUCUCCACGGAUCUCAUCACCAAUGCAUCCCGGUGGUGGACGGGGCGGUCAGACACCAUCGCGAGGCGGCGGCCGAGGUGGAGGCAGGGGUGGUCAUAAUGUCCGACGUGACAGAGACCUCAUCGGUUCCACCAUCAAGAUCACGGGAGGACCUUUCAAAGGCAAUGUUGGUAUGGUUAAGGAUGCCACAGAAGUUACUGCACGUGUUGAGCUGCAUUCAUCAUGCCAAACCAUAUCAGUUGAUCGUUCCCACAUUGCUGCUGUCGGAGUACCAUCAAAAGAUGGAUCAUUCUCUACAUACGCACGUACUCCAUCAUGGGGCUCUGGACAAACCCCUAUGUACCGCGAAGGCAACAAAACUCCUCUUCAUGGUUCACAGACUCCCAUGUACGAAGUUGGCAACAGGACGCCUCAUUACAGCAGUAUGACACCCUCUCACGAUGGUUCUCGUACUCCUGGUCAGACUGGAGCUUGGGAUCCUACCAUCACAAAUACACCGGCUCACCGCUCCAGUGAUCUAGAUACUUAUUCAUUGGAUGAGGCUUCCCCAUCUCCUGGUUACAAUCCCAACACACCAAGCUAUCAGGCUGGUGGCCCGUACACUCCUCAAACACCUGGAACCAUGUAUGGAUCAGGUUCAGAACAGUCAUAUUCUCCUUCUCCCUUCCAGCCCUCUCCAACAGGAUAUCAAGGCUCUGGUUCUACAUAUGGAGCAACACCUAGUCCGUCUGGAUAUACCCCCUCGCCAUCGGCAGGGAAUCCUUAUGGCACACCAUCGCCCAUUGGCGGCUACAGUCCUAUGACCCCGAGCGGCGCCGCCUCUCCCUACGCCCCGUACACGCCGGGCGGUCCAGUGGAACAGCCACCUCUGCAGGAGUGGGUUACUACUGACAUCGAAGUUCGAAUUCGUGACACUCACGACGAUGCUGGCCUGUGUGGUCAAACUGGCGUGAUCAGAGGCAUUUCUGGUGGUCAGUGUGCUGUGUUCUUACCAGAUGAGGAUCGAACUGUAAACAUUUUGCAAGAGCACCUGGAGCCUGUGGUGCCCCAGCAGGAUGAUUCCAUUAAAGUCAUUCUCGGAGAAGACAGAGAAUCGAUGGGGCGACUGUUGUCGAUCGACAAUCAAGAAGGUGUGGUUGAACUCCGUACUGGAGAGGUAAAAAUGUUGCAGUUAAGGUAUCUAUGUCGCUUGGGAGUUGGACAUUAGGCAGAAAUUUAAUUCCUUUAGCUUUAGAGAACCAUUAGUGUUUUUUUUUUUGUUGUUGUCGUGGAAAUACGUAAGAUAGGUAAAUUCAAUUUUGAUUUAAAUGUCCUGAAAUAAGUUCUGUGUGGUUUUGUGUUAGUUCUUGAACUAAAUCGUGAAGGACUUUAUUUCCUAAAUUAGUGAACAGCUCUUAGUAACAUCAAAAUCUACCCAUGUACAUUAAAUGAACUGGCCGUAGAACAAUGGCAGAGUAUAGAGCCUUCAGAUCCUUUGUGUAUUGAUGUGAGUAAUAUAAUGUAUAAUAAACAAGUAUAUUACUUGAAA